AUGGCCGAACACAUAACAAGCAACGGCAGUAAUGGGCCUGACAAAAAGAAGCAGCUCAUUCUGAAUGCCUUCGUGAUGAAUACGCCAGGUCACCUGGCUCCAGGGCAAUGGAGACACCCGCGGAACAAGACUGCGCACUACAAAAAGCUGUCAUUUUGGAUUGAACUGGCGCAGCUUUUAGACAAGGCCAACUUCCAUGCCAUGUUCAUUGCAGAUACCCUCGGUCCCUACGACGUGUACAAGGGACCAGCGAACGUGGUUCCAGCCUUGGCCUCGGGCGCACAGUUCCCCGUCAACGACCCGCUGUACCUAGUGCCGGCCAUGGCAGCAGCAACAAAGAACUUGGUCUUUGGAGUCACUGCCAGUCUCACGUACGAAAAGCCUUACGCGCUCGCCAGGCGCCUUUCGACGGUGGAUCACCUGAGUGAGGGUUGGGUGGCCUGGAAUAUCGUUACCUCAUACCUGGAUAGCGCGGCUCGUAAUCACGGGCUGAAGGAACAGAUCCCUCACGAUGAGAGGUACGCGAUUGCCCACGAGUACAUGGAAGUCCUGUACAAGCUUUGGGAGGGAAGCUUCAGAGACGAUGCCGUCAUAGAGGAUACAGAAGGUGGUGUUUACAUCGCCAACGAUGCGGUCCGUCAAAUCCACCACAAGGGGAAAUAUUUCGAGGUGCCUGGCCCUCACUUCUGCGAGCCUUCGCCCCAGCGCACCCCAUUUCUUUUCCAAGCAGGGGUUUCGGAAGCAGGAAACGGAUUCGGGGGUAAACAUGGGGAGGCCAUCUUUAUUGGAGGGCAGACCCAUGAGGCUGUGCACCAGACAGUCAAGAACAUCCGGGCAGUGGCCGAAAAGGAAGGACGAGACCCGAAUCACUUGAAAGUCAUCCUUGGCAUUCAAGUCAUCGUGGCUCCCACAGAUGAUGAAGCUUAUGCGCAAAGAGACGAACACUUGAAAUACGCUGACAAAGAAGGCGCAUUGGCCCUAUUCGGCGGAUGGACGGGAGUGGAUCUGUCCACAUAUGCAGACGAUGAGGACUUCCGCCUCAGUGACUCGCCUCGAAUACAGUCCAUUAUACGUCGAUGGGCAGCCACGGUUCCUGGAACCGAUAGCCUCCCCUGGAACAAGCAGAGGAUCGUCGAAUAUUUGAGUGUUGGGGGGCUCCAAGCAAAGGUGAUUGGUAGUCCAACCACGGUCGCCGACGAGUUGGAGCGAUGGGUUGAAGCUUCCGAUGUAGAUGGUUUCAAUCUGGCUCAUAUCACCAACCCGGGGACGUUUGAAGACAUUAUCGACUACUUGCUUCCCGAGCUGCAGCGUCGUGGAAUUUUCAGGGCUGACGUAGAGAAAGAGGGUGCGACUGCGAGGGAAGCUUACAUUGGAACGAGAAGGCUACCAGAAGACCACCCUGGAAGCAAGUUCAAGUGGCGAGCUGGCGAAAGAACUCCCAAAUAUCAAAGCGAAGCACCCAAAGAUACACUCGAGCCCAGCUCGAAAGUCUCAUCUUAA